AAAACGAAGAACGGAGGAACGGUCGGGGAUGGUUUUGAGGAGAUGAACGUAGCGCCAAACGUAUGAAGCCUCCAACGUAUCCACACGAACUUGCUCCGGAGUCCAAGAUUAAACUUGUGCUAGCAAGUUUAAUAUAGGAUAGUAAAAACUAUAAUAAUACUACUUUGGGAGUAAUAAAUAUAUAGUAAAAUAUUUAUCUUAUAAAUAUUUGUUUAUAAUAUUUUGUGUAUAUUUCUAACACUUUAGAAAAAUAACUUUGAACACAAAAUAAAAUUUUCUUCUCUCUAAAAUUGGGAUGGCCGAAAAACACAUUUGAAAAUGGGGAGGGAUAUUUCUCAUUUUAUAAUAUAUUGCAUUAAGGAAUUGCUAGAAAAUUGCUUAGGGACAAAAACAAAUUUGGCUUAAUGUAUUGUUCCCAACUAACACAACAAUACAAAUAUUCUUUACUAAUCAAAUAUUUGAUUAUAUAAAUCAAAUAUAUCAUUAGUCUAGUAGUAAAGGGUUCUCCUUUAUUCCAUGUUUGGGUACUUAAAGAUGGUGUCUUUUCGGUUUGGAAGCCUUGUUCUUAUGGGUUUCUUGCUGAUUUUGAGCUCUGGUUCUUCUGUGGAGUGCAAUGAUGGGACUACUCUAAUGGAAAUCAAGAAUGGGUUUAAGGAUGUGGGUAAUGCUUUGUAUGACUGGACAGACUCGCCUUCAUCAGAUUACUGUGGUUGGAGGGGCGUAAGCUGUGACAAUGUCACCUUCAAUGUUGUUGCUCUAAAUCUCUCGGGGUUAAAUCUUGAUGGAGAGCUGUCUCCCGCAAUUGGACAACUUAAAGGCCUUCUGUCUCUUGAUUUGAAGCAGAACCGGCUUUCUGGACAAAUCCCAGAUGAAGUUGGAGAUUGCUCAUCGUUGAAGAGUUUGGACCUAUCCUACAAUGAGCUGUAUGGUGACAUUCCCUUCUCAAUUUCAAAGCUAAAACAGUUAGAAGGCUUGAUUUUGAAGAACAACCAGUUGAUAGGUCCGAUUCCUUCGACACUGUCACAGAUUCCAAACUUAAAAAUUCUGGACCUGGCGCAGAAUAAGCUAAGUGGAGAAAUACCAAGAUUGAUAUACUGGAAUGAAGUUCUGCAGUACCUGGGAUUGCGUGGGAACAACUUGAUCGGUACCCUUUCUCCAGAUAUGUGCCAGCUAACAGGCCUCUGGUACUUUGAUGUUCGGAAUAAUAGCUUGACUGGUUCAAUCCCUCCAAGCAUUGGCAAUUGCACUGCCUUCCAAGUUCUGGAUCUGUCCUACAACAACUUGACCGGUGAGAUACCAUAUAACAUCGGUUUUCUUCAAGUAGCCACCUUAUCUUUGCAAGGCAAUAAGUUCACUGGAAAAAUCCCACCAGUCCUUGGGUUGAUGCAGGCUCUUGCAGUGCUGGAUCUAAGUUGCAAUUUGUUGAGCGGACCCAUUCCUCCCGUCUUGGGGAACUUGACUUACACUGAAAAACUGUAUCUCCAUGGAAAUGAGCUAACAGGGUCUAUUCCUCCCGAUCUUGGAAAUAUGUCGAAUCUCCAUUAUUUAGAAUUGAAUAACAACAAACUUACUGGCCAGAUACCACAAGAACUUGGGAAGCUUACGGAGCUGUUUGAUUUGAAUGUGGCGAACAAUCUUCUUGAAGGAUCCAUACCUGAUAAUCUCAGCUCCUGCAAAAAUCUGAAUAGCCUCAAUGUUCACGGUAAUAAAUUGAACGGGACAAUCCCCCAUGCAUUUCAAAAGUUGGAAACCAUGACCUAUCUGAAUCUCUCCUCCAAUAGCAUACACGGGCCAAUUCCGAUUGAGCUUUGCCGUAUUGGGAACUUGGAUACAUUGGAUCUUUCGGAUAAUAAGAUUAGUGGUUCGAUUCCAUCUUCCCUUGGUGAUCUAGAGCAUCUUCUCAAACUAAACUUGAGCAAGAAUGAAUUUUCUGGAAAUAUACCGGCUGAAUUUGGAAAUUUAAGAAACAUAAUGGAAAUCGAUGUUUCAAGCAAUCAGCUCUCUGGUUUAAUACCUCCAGAACUCAACCAACUUCAAUGUCUCUUCUUGCUGAAAGUAGAACACAACAACUUAUCAGGCGACUUGAUGGUGCUCUACAAUUUCCCUGCUCUAAGUGUUUUAAAUGUCUCGUACAACAAUUUAGCUGGGAAUAUACCAACAGGGAAUAACUUCUCAAGGUUUUCACCAGAUAGUUUUAUCGGAAAUCCGGGUCUUUGUGGAUACUGGACUAGUUCUUGUCAAGCAUCUCAUUUUAGAGGGCGAGCCAUGAUCUCUAAAAGAACAAUCCUUGGUAUUGCUCUGGGUGCCCUUGUGAUUCUUUUGAUGAUCUUAGUGGCUGUGUGUCGGCCACAGAAUCCUGCGCGGAUGGAAGAUUCCAUUGAUAAACCAGUUUACUACUCGUCCCCAAAGCUGGUUGUACUUCAUAUGAACAUGGCACUUCAUGUUUACGAUGACAUAAUGAGGGUGACAGAGAACUUGAGUGAGAAGUACAUCAUCGGUUAUGGAGCUUCGAGCACGGUGUACAAAUGUGUACUUAAGAACUGCAGACCGGUUGCGGUCAAGAAACUGUAUUCCCACCAACCACAGAGUCUCAAAGAAUUUGAGACAGAACUUGAGACAAUUGGGAGCAUCAAACAUCGCAACCUCGUUUGUCUCCAAGGUUACUCUCUCUCCUCAGCCGGCCACCUUCUCUUCUAUGACUACAUGGAAAACGGAAGCCUCUGGGAUUUGCUUCACGGGCCAACCAAAAAGAAAAAGCUGGACUGGGAGACGCGUCUUAAUAUAGCAUUGGGUGCAGCCGAAGGGCUAGCAUAUCUUCAUCAUGAUUGUGACCUGCGAAUAAUCCACAGAGAUGUCAAGUCAUCUAAUAUUUUGAUAGACGACGCUUAUGAAGCCCAUCUCACUGAUUUUGGCAUUGCAAAGAUUCUAUGCACAUCAAAGUCAUAUACUUCGACCUACGUCAUGGGAACGAUCGGUUAUAUUGAUCCUGAAUAUGCGCGAACUUCCCGUCUCACUGAGAAGUCAGAUGUGUACAGCUAUGGAAUUGUGCUGCUAGAGUUGCUGACAGGAAAGAAAGCCGUUGAUAAUGAAUCUAACCUUCAUCAACUGAUCCUAACAAAGGCUGCAAGCAAUGCAGUGAUGGAAACAGUUGAUCCAGAAAUCACAGAAACAUGCAAUGAUCCUGGAGACAUCAAGAAGGUUUUCCAGCUAGCACUUCUGUGCACCAAGAGGCAGCCAUUUGAAAGGCCAACGAUGCACGAAGUAGCCCGCGUGCUCGAGAGCCUAAUCCACCCGACCGAGCUGAAGAAGCUCUUCAGCGAAAAGACGCUUUCGCCCCUGGCUUCUUCCGUCAAAACGGUGCAAUGCUACAAGGACGAAUACGCCAAUCUCAAGAACCCACACCUGGUGAACUACUCCUCCAUGUGCACAUCAGAUGCUCAGUUGUUCCUCAAGUUUGGAGAGGUGAUCUCCCAGAACAGCACCUGAAAAAAAAGUCAACCGGUAAGUCAACGCUGUAAGUUUUUGUGUAGAGUGAAGUGAAUGCCAUUGUGUGGGGGCAGCCAUUAAAGCAGACAUUAAAAAAAGAAAAAAAGCUUUAAUGUUUGGGAAAUUAGCUCUGUCUCUUGCAGUUUGGGUAGUUGACAACUUGCAUUAUUAUUGAAUUGUACUCUCUCUCUCUGUAUAGCUUUAGUGGCUAGAAAACCUAUUAUAUUGACAGCUGCUGCUCCGUAUGCCCUCUUUUUGGGUGGUGCAGCUUCAUAAUGGGUUUUGUAAUGGAGUUUUCAGCUCUCUGAUGGGUUUUAGUCUUAUCUGUGG